CGAUAUGUAAAGAAGUUUCGCGAGACUUCCCGCGUUUCGUUUGAGCUAAACUGGAGGGACUUCUGUGUGCAGUGUGCGCAAGCUAACGUGCUAGCAGUGCGGAGAUCACUUUUUCCGACGCUACCAAAAGCCCGCUGCUCUUCGCAAUUUAAGUCAGCUCCGAGAACCCCAGGGACUCCACAACAUGGAUUUAGAAGAUGACACCACCGUAUUAACGACCUUGAAGUCCUUCAACUCCUUCAUCAGACACGCCGAGGCUCCCCAGCGGCUGUCGGAGCACUCAGCGGGGAGCGUGAACCUGCAGAGUCACUACAAACGCAGCAUGGAGUUGUUGGAAGCAGCGGAGAAGGUUCAAUCCAAGAACCGCUACCUUCAGCUGGACCAGGAGAAGAAGCAGAUGGAGCUGAGUCACAAGCGAGCGCGUUAUGAGCUGGAGAGGGCGGCCUCUGACAGCGCGCGGGACUUUGAGCAUGAGGUUGACCGGAACCAGGAUCUAUUGGGGCGGAUUAAAAAGUUGGAGGAGAGAGAGACCGAGGCGGCUAAGAACCUAUCUGAGCAGGCGGAGGCCAAUCGCUCUCUACGUCAGACCCUGGACGGCCUGAACAGGAAGGUGGAGGAGCGUGAUACUAGACUGAACACUGCUAACCAGACUAUCAGUUCUUUGAAGGAUGAGAUCAGAGAGCUGAAGCAGAAGAUUCAAAACCAAGACUCUGCAGUUUCUUCUCAUACCCUUGAAAACCAGGAACUGCAGGAACAUUUAGAUUUACAGCGCAGGAAGUAUCAGGAAGUCUCUCAGCUUUGCCAAAGUCUCCAAGCCGCGCAGUCGUCCUGCUCCGAGCACAUCAUCAGGAUUAAGGAGUUGGAGAGGCGUCUCGCCCUCCAGGAGCAAGACUUUGCCAUUGUGAAGAAUGUAAAGUCUGAGGUGGCCAGAGUUCCGGACCUGGAAAGGGAUUUGAAGCGCCUCAGAGAAGACAACGCCUUUCUCAGGGAGAGCAGGGAGAAUUGCAGCCUGUUGAAGGAGGAGGUCGAGGGUCUGAGGAGGAAGCUGGAGAGGACGGAGAGAACCAAGGAAGAGCUGGUGAACAUGGAACUGGAGAAGGAGAGAGUGGCGGAGAAGCUCCGAGCCUGGGAGACCAUCGGCCAGUCGACUUCCCUCAACAUCAGGAAACCAGAGGAUCUGUCCAGGGAGGUGAUUCACAUCCAGCAGAUAGAGAUUUCUCUGAAAGAGCAGAACUACACACUCAACAGCCGGGUGAGGAGCGCGGAGCGGUCUCAGGCGGAGCUGCGGGCGGAGCUGUCCCAGCAGCGCGGCCGGACUCAGGAGGAGCAGAAGAAGAGGGAGGCGCAGGACGCGCUCGUCCGCCGCCUGCAGAAGAGGGUGCUGCUGUUGACCAAGGAGCGCGAUGGAAUGCGCGCCAUACUGGAGUCCUACGACAGCGAGCUGGCCCCCAGCGAGUACUCCCCCCAGCUCAGCAAGCGGCUCCGGGAGGCCGAGGAGGUGCUGCAGAGGACCCAGAACCACAACGUGGAGAUGGAGGGUCAGCUGACCAAAGCACAGGAGGAGGCGGGGACUCUGAAGCUGCAGCUGCAUGGCGUGGAGCUGGAGAUGGAGUCUCUAAGGAAGCAGCAAGCCUCCGCCGGCGAUGGCAGCUCUUCAGAGACCAAAGAAGAGGUCGGCAUACUCAGGCAGAAAAUUGAAGAUUUGGAGGCAGCCCGCCAGUGCUUGGAGCAGCAGAACAACGAUCUGGAGAUGAGACUGGAGAGACACAACCUCCAGGGAGACUACGAUCCCCUCAAAACCCGAGUCCUGCACCUGAAAAUGAACCCCACCGCCACCGCCAAGCAACAGCGGCAGCAGGACGGCGAGGCCCUGCGGGAGGAAGUGACGCGCCUCCGGGAGCUGGUGCGCUCGCUGCGGGGGGGCGGCGGCGGCGGCGGCACCCUGCAGGACGAGUCCGGCCUGACCGCCGCCGGCCUCAGCCUCCCGCCGCCGAAGGAGGUUCUGGAGCUACGCAAGCAGAUGGAGAGCUCAGAGCUCAGGAACCAGAGGCUGAAGGAGGUGUUUCAGAGGAAGAUCCAGGAGUUCCGCACGGUCUGCUACGUCCUGACCGGCUACCAGAUCGACAUCACCACCGAGAACCAGUACAGGCUCACGUCGGUCUACGCCGAGCACAUGGACGACGCCCUGCUCUUCAAGAAGGGCUCCAGUGGAAGCAUGCAGCUCAUGGAGACGGAGUUCUCCAAAACUCUGGGAGAGAUGGUGGCGCUCCACCUGCAUCACCAGAAGAGCCUCCCGGCGUUCCUCUCCGCCGUGACCCUUGACCUCUUCAGCCGGCAAACCACGAUCUGAAGUAACUGGUGCAUCCGGGAUGGAUCACUUCUGUCUUGUAUAUUUUCCUGCUCACUUUCCUGCGUUUUUAUUUUCAUCUCAUCAGCGUUUGGUUGAAUAUUCACACGUUCUUUUGACACAUGAAUAUAUUUUUUGUUGCUUUUUACAGUGAAAUACUCACUGUGUGGAUCUUCUUUAUGUGAAUUAUUCAGUCAAAUCCAGUGUGAAAACAACUUUUCUGUUUUGUUCAUUCAGUGAUGCCGUAUAAUGUUUUAACUACUUUUAAUCAUUUUAUUCAUGUUUGCUUGUAUUUGGAGAUGAACCUUCCUCUACUGUCUCCAUACCUUACUGUUGGAGAAUGCUCUCUUUGCCUUCUUUAUUAUGUUGAAAAUAAAGAGAUUAAAUAAA